CGCGAGGUUUGCGGCUCUUUGAUGUUUGGGCUGCAGCAGCGUGGUGGCGGUGACGUCACCGGCUAACUAGCUCCAUUCUCUGACAAAAACAACAAUAAAACACUCCCAGAGGCGUCCAACUGCUCCAGCAGAGCACGUUUAGGACUUAUCUCCUCCCCGGGCUGUAAAUAACUGUUAGCAGACUUUGGAGUGCAUGUGAGGACCAGCGUGAGCCGAGCCGACCAUGGCGAACAAUGUGGGAGACGUUGAGAACAACAUGAACCAGCAGGAGGCCCCCGCCGGCCCCGAGUCCACCCAGCAGCGGCAGGAGGCCCCGGGGCCCCGGGCCCGGUCCAGGGGCGGCUCCGGGGGCGGGUCUGGGUCCGGGGGGGGCGGGAGCCCCGAGCAGAACGGCCAGCCCCCCGCCCCCCGACCCCGGGUCGUGGUGGAGGACGACGAGGACGAGGACGAGGAGCUGACCCUCAAAUACGGGGCCAAACACGUCAUCAUGCUCUUCGUCCCCGUCACGCUCUGCAUGGUGGUCGUCGUGACGACCAUCAAGUCCGUCAGCUUCUACACCCAGAACGAUGGACAGAGACUGAUCUACACGCCGUUCCCGGAGGAGACGGACACGGUGGCGCAGAGGGCCGUCAACUCCAUCCUGAACGCCACCAUCAUGAUCACCGUCAUCAUCGUCAUGACGUUGGUGCUGGUGCUGCUGUACAAAUACCGCUGCUACAGGGUGAUCCAGGGCUGGCUCUUCCUCUCCUCCCUCCUGCUGCUCUUCUUCUUUUCCUACAUCUACCUCAAAGAGGUUUUCAAGACCUACAACGUGGCCAUGGACUACUUCACCCUGGCCGUGAUCAUCUGGAACUUCGGCGUGGUGGGAAUGAUGUGCAUCCAUUGGAAGGGCCCUCUGCGGCUCCAGCAGGCCUACCUCAUCAUGAUCAGCGCCCUCAUGGCCCUGGUCUUCAUCAAGUACCUGCCCGAGUGGACGGCCUGGCUCAUCCUGGCCGUCAUCUCCGUCUACGAUCUGCUGGCGGUUCUUUGUCCCAAAGGGCCUUUGAGGAUCCUGGUGGAAACGGCUCAGGAGAGGAACGAGCCCAUCUUCCCCGCUCUCAUCUACUCCUCUACGAUGGUUUGGCUCGUCAACAUGGCCGACACCGACGGGGUGAACCGGAACUCGACGGGGGCCGCGUCGUCCCGACCAGAAGCUCCGGAAGCGGAGCCGGAUCCGUCCCUCGCCCCCUCCAGUCCCUCCGACGGAGGCUUCAGCUCCUCCUGGGUCAGCCAGCAGGAGCACCGGCUCGGCCCGCUCCAGUCCACCGAGGACUCGCGGCGGGAGAUCCAGGACAUGCCCUCGGCCCGGCCCGUGGACGACGACGACGAGGAACGCGGCGUGAAGCUGGGCCUCGGAGACUUCAUCUUCUACAGCAUGUUGGUGGGAAAGGCGUCGGCCGCCGCCAGCGGCGACUGGAACACCACGCUGGCCUGCUUCGUGGCCAUCCUCAUCGGCCUGUGCCUGACGCUGCUCCUCCUCGCCAUCUUCAAGAAGGCUCUGCCGGCGCUGCCCAUCUCCAUCUUCUUCGGCCUCGUCUUCUACUUCGCCACCGACAACCUGGUGCGGCCGUUCAUGGACAAGCUGGCGCUGCACCAGUUCUACAUCUAGCAGGACGCCGCCGUUCCUGCUCCGCCUUCUUCUUCUUCUGUGGUGCCGGGAGCGAGCAGCGAGCAACACCCCCCCCCUAAAGCC